UGACGCGUCACGUGGUCGUCUCGGGCUCGGAUAUAGUCGCGGUGUGUCCCCUCGCAGGCAGAUGUGACCGCGUGAGCGCGGACGGACGGACAGACCUGGACCGCCUCCUCCAGCAGCGCGCACCAUGAUCCAGCUCAUCCGCUGUGGACCCGGCUGCUGCUUUCGGAAAAGCCCAGACUGCCUCGGAUAGGAGCGCCAAGAAGUCACUCUUAUUAUCUGUUUGAUUUGUUUAUCUCUCCACACAAGUUAAAGUCCAUUCGGGGGCUCUGCCGGUUCUGGAUCGCGGUUUCAGUGUCACAGACACCGUCUCACCUGCAGGAGCCAAACGAUGCGCUCCCGGGCUGCGCUCCCCCGGUUCACCUCCCUCCUAUUUCUUCUCUUCCUUGCCCCCGUUUUCUCCUCCUCCCCCCGCCGCCCCCAGUGGGUUCUCCAGCGUGUCCCUGUGGUUCUCGCACAGCAGACGGAGGCCAGGUCGCCCCCCCACUUCCUGUCUCCGGCCCGCUUGGAUGUAAGCUCCCCCUGUGACCCAGAAUGCCACAAGAAGGCCCCUCGGCCGAGCUACUGGGACCUGCGGCGUCUGCUGGCCUACGAGACGCUCCACUCUGACGGUCAACUCACUGAGACCGCCGUCGGGCUCUACGGCUACGACCCCAGUCCCUACACCAGUCCGGCCGACUCCGCACCGCCGUCUGUGAAGGCCGAGCGGUCACGCGUCAGGAGGAAGCGACAGAUCUUCGGCCACGAUGGGCGCUUUAGCAUCGCUGGUCAGAACUACCUGCUGAAAUAUCCAUUUUCGGUGGCUGUCAAGCUGUCCACUGGGUGUAGUGGUACGUUGGUGGGGGACCGUCAUGUUCUCACGGCCGCUCAUUGUGUUCACGAUGGCAAAAACUAUGUAAAAGGAGCCCAGAAGCUCCGGGUUGGGUUUCUCAAAACCAAGCAACGGGACGCACAGGAGUCUUCCUCCAACUUCACCAACCACGUUGAAGGUGGCCCCGCUCCUUUCGGCCCGCCAACCAACGACAAGAUGAAGUUCCAGUGGAUCAGAGCCAAGCGCACCCAUGUGCCCAAAGGAUGGAUUAAGGGCAAUGCCAAUGACAUUGGGAUGGACUAUGACUACGCUUUGCUCGAGCUCAAGAAACCCCACAAACGACGCCACAUGAAGCUAGGAGUCAGCCCCCCGGCUCAGAGGCUGCCGGGACGACGGGUCCACUUCUCCGGAUUCGACAAUGACCGCCCUGGCAAGCUGGUGUACCGCUUCUGUCGGGCCGGCGAGGAGACGUCAGACCUGCUGUACCAGCACUGUGACGCUAAGCCUGGUGCCAGCGGGUCGGGAGUCUACGCCCGGAUGUGGGAUGGCCGGCGCCAGCGCUGGGAGCGGAAGGUGAUAGGCGUGUUUUCGGGGCAUCAGUGGGUGGAGCGACAAGGGGCGUCUCAGGAAUUUAAUGUCGCCGUGAGAAUUACGCCCCUUAAAUACGCUCAGAUCUGCUACUGGAUAAAAGGAAACUUUGUGGACUGCCGGGAGGGGUGAGGGGGUGUAGCUAUGACACCUUAGGCCCACUGCUUCCUCAAACAUCAUACUGCAUUGUGUGGGGCCGCAGGAAUCCACUCUUUUCACCCCAUCAUUUGUAGCACUGGCGUAACAUCAAUAUGAACAGAUUUAUUUAGUUUGUUACCCCCCACCACACAAACACACUACAAGUAAUUUAAAUACAGACACAUUUCUAAAACAUAAAAACAGUUACUUUUGUGUUAACUGGGGAAACAUUCAAUUCAUGUGGUUUUGCAGAACAGGAGCAGGUUUAUCCGUUUCUUGGAACAUUUAUCCAGAUAAAGUUACCUGAGAGCCCCUCAGAUCUGGAACAUGGACUGAACAACAACAGCAAGAGCAGGACUAUGGAGAACUGUUUCACUAUGUAUUCUAGACCUUUUUCUUGUGCUAAUACUAAAGAGUUCACUGUUAAAACUCUUGGAAGUUUUUCCUACUGAAAGAAAUUAUUUGUUUUUGUGGAUGAAUGUACAAGUCAGCUACCAAAGGUGCUAACAAGUUUCUCUGUAUCAUGUAUCUCCUCUCAGCCAACACACUAGUUGAUAUAUUACAUGACUGCAGAUGUCAAGGCUGCAGGUUACUGGUUAUAGUGUUGUACUUUAAUGCUUAGCUCCAUCUGGUGGCGAAGAUAAAACAUUGCAGGUGUCCAGCAUUAUGCCCAGCAGGCCUUCAUAAGCCCUUUUUACUCCUCGUAAAACAUUUGUUGAAAAGGAAACUAAAAGCUGUUGCGAAUUUGAUGAAAUAUAUACUUUGAAAUAA